UGUAUGUAGAAGCUCAGAGGGGGAAACUCUGAUACCGGAACAAAAUGGCUUCUAUUUUAGAACAGUACGAAAAUGAGCUGCAAACUGGUGGAAAUUUGCCUUCAAGCAGACAAAUUUUGUCAGAUGAACCGAUUGCAACUGGUUAUGUUGACUUUCGUACAGAGGAUGUCCCCAUGUUCCGGAGAGAAAAAGUUAACUUCAGACCACCAUCCAGUAUCAUGGAUUUAUCAGUCAGCAAUAGUACAGUGAUAAUUGCUCUGAACAACACAGUGAUGAGAUUGAAUCUCAUGAACCCAGAAGAACUCGAUAAAAUUGAAAUAUCAAAGAGACAUGAUGAUACUGUUUAUAAAGUAUUUCAAGAUCCAACUGCAAGACAUGCAAUCAUCUGUUUGAGGUCAUAUGAAUCUCUUUAUCUGGCCAGAAACAGCAAAAAAACAAAACCUAUUCCAAAACUAAAGGGUCAUCUUGUAGAGGCUGUGGCUUGGAACAAGACCAGAUUAACUGAGACGACCACACAGGCAAUUUUGAUUGGGACCAACAAGGGGCUUGUAUUGGAAACAGAACUUGACAAUGAAGAGAAGUUCUUUCAGGCAGGACUUGAAAAAUAUUUCCGACAGCUGCAUAACGUAAACAGUGGUGAUAAAAAUGAACCUAUCACGGGAUUAAUGUUUGAUAAGUUUCCAAGAUCUGACCGUCUUUAUGUUGUUAUGGUUACUACAAAAAGCCGUUUAUUUCAGUUUAUUGGUGAAAUUUCAAUGACAGAACCUCCAUUAUUUCUGUCUUUGUUCAGUCAAUUUGAAAUUAAUCCAGCCAGUUUCCUUGAGUUGGCAUCAGAUCAACUUGAAUGGAGUCAGUUGGUAUUUUAUUACACCAAGGCCAGAGGCAAUCCAAGUUCCUUUGCUUGGCUAACAGAACCAGGCGUUUACUGCGGCAGUCUAAAUUUCGACACCCCGCAAGAAACCAGCGGUAGUAUCACAUCAGAAGCUCGUCUUCUCCCAUACGUCACCGCAGACGGCCAGAGCUCCACACCACCAAUUGCUUUGGCCCUAACCGAGUUUCAUGUUUUACUCCUGUAUAAGAACAGGUUUGAAGCUGUGUGCUUACUGAACGAUCAAGUUGUCUUUCAAGAUUUACUGCCAGAAAGGCACGGUCAUAUGCUGGGAAUGGUGACUGAUCCAGUGAAAAAAACCAUUUGGGUUUUCUCAACCGCGGCAAUAUUUCAAUAUAAUGUCAACAAAGAAACUCGGCAUGUGUGGAAAUUAUACUUGGACAAAGGAAAGUUUGAUGAAGCGGAAGAAUAUGCUCGUGAUAAUCCCGUGCACACAGAUGAAGUCUUGAGAAAGAAAGCUGAAAGCUUUUUCGACAAAAAAGAAUAUAGGGCGGCUGCCGCUACAUUUGCCUUAACUCAGGCAUCGUUUGAAGAGGUCGCGUUGAAGUUUAUUCAAGUUUCAGAACAAGAAUCUUUGAAAGUUUUUUUGGUGAAAAAAUUGAACAACAUGGACCACAAGGAUAAAAGUCAAAUUACGAUGAUAGCGAUGUGGCUCAUUGAACUAUAUUUAAACGACCUUGGUGAAUUGAAAGAUAAUAGUGACGGAAACGAACAAGAGCUGGAGAGAAUGCAGGAUGAUUUCAGGAAAUUAUUAGCAACGAGUAAAGUUAAGACGUCGCUCGAGGAGAGCAGAAAGACUGCGUACGACCUGAUAGCCAGUCAUGGCGAUGUGGAAAAUUUGAUCUUUUUGGCAAUGUUAAUGAAAGAUUUUGAGCGAGUCAUUCAUCACCAUAUUCAGCACGAUGAUUACCGGGCAGCCUUGGAUGUUUUGAAAAAACAGAAUGAGCCUGAACUGUAUUACAAGUUUUCUCAAGUCCUGAUGCAGCAUAUCCCAGAGGAUACGGUCAACGCUUGGAUUGAACAAAAGAAAAGACUGGAUCCUAAAAAGCUUAUUCCAGCUUUGGUUUACUAUGAUAAUAAACAGGAUAAAGCUUUAAUCGAGCAAGCUGUACGGUAUUUGGACUUCUGUGUGGAAAUUCUUGGAGUGCAGGACAAAGCCAUACAUAACUACUUGCUUUCAUUAUACGUGAAGCAACAAGACGAUGUUUCACUCAUCAAAUAUUUGCAACUCCAGGGACAGGAUAGAGAGGAGGUCCACUAUGACCUGGAGUAUGCGCUAAGGUUGUGCUCUGAACAUGAUCUAAAGAAUGCUUGCGUUCAUAUCUACAGCACAAUGGGUCUGUACGAGGAAGCGGUUGACCUGGCAUUACUUUUUGAUGUUGAGUUGGCGAAGAUUCAAGCGAGCAAACCCGAGGACGACGAAGCACUGCAAAAGAAACUUUGGUUGAGAAUUGCGAGACAUGUUGUUGAGAAGGAGGAGGAUGUGAAGAAAGCAAUGCAAUUUCUCAACGAUUUUCAACAAAUCAAAAUCGAAGACAUUCUACCAUUCUUCCCUGAUUUUGUCACUAUCGAUCACUUCAAGGACGCAAUCUGUUCGUCUCUCGAAGAGUACAACCAGCACAUCAAUGAACUGAAAAAUGAAAUGCGGGAAGCGACAGAAAGUGCUGAAAAUAUCCGACAAGAUAUACAUGAGAUGAAAAACAGAUACCGCGUAGUGGAAGCUGAGAAGAAAUGUGUUUCGUGUUCAUUUCCUUUGCUAACAAGAGCUUUCUAUAUUUUUCCAUGUCAUCACGCUUUCCACGCGGAUUGUCUUGUCGACGAGGUUCUUCCGCACCUCAGAGGAAAACAGAGGGCGAAACUUGAGCUCAUUAGGAAAAGGUUAUAUCAGACCGGCGGCGACCCAAGUCCAAGACCUGGCAGUCGAAAUCGAGAAAAUGAUCCAAGAAUAGCGCCUGAAGAUUCUAUUGAAAAAUUAAGGGCUGACCAAGAUGAACUUGUUGCUUCUGAAUGUGUUAUGUGCGGGGAGUUCAUGAUCAGAUCCAUCGACCAGCCAUUCAUAAAUCCAGAUGAAGACGCUUUGGAGAGUUGGAAAUAAACCUUGCAGUAGUCUAUUUGUUCCAGGUUGUUCUUAUGUUUUAACCCGACUACAAUUUUUGCUACAGCUCUAUCGAAAGUGCACGUGUGAUUUUGGAAACUGAAAACCAACUUUAAAGUGAAAGAAAUGCUUUAUUUAUAGACACAAAUGCUAUAUUUAGCAUAAGAAUAAUAAUUACAAUCUUGCCCAAAUUGGAUUACAACAACUAUAAUAUAAUAUGUAGAUAGAUAUUCAAAAUGUGAUAUAUUAUGAUUAAUUGUAUACCGACGGUGUAAAGUAUGUGAUUUUAACAAGGUGGAUUUCAUUCUUUCAUGGCAUUUCAAAGAGAUCCACUUCAUCAAUUUCUCGUUUGACCUACUAAAGAUUGGUUUCAGCUCAGCUAAUUGUUAUAAUUUGUUGACAACUUUGUCACGACUCAAGUCAUGAGUUAGUUAAAAAAAAAUACCAGAUUUGAUGAUGGUUGUGCGAAUUUUCCUAUAGGACAAAAAUUUUGAUAAAAACAUGAAAGAAAUUUAGCAAAAUUUGGGGGGAUUCUGUAAAUAACGAAUAAAACUAUCAAAGAUAA